ACCCCAUUUGCUAGGCGCGCUCGCUUUUUUCCAGCAGCAUCGCGUCGAGGGGGCUGGGCAUCGAUCGCCGCCGCCUCCUCCUCGCCAAAGCUGCCGCUCGCACCGGCUUCUUCCUCUUCGCCCUUGCACGCCCGCGAAAAGCUCGAAGAUGGCGGCUCAGAGCCUCCUGGCCCGGUUUAGCCGCUGCCUCCCCUCCGCGUCCCGCUGGGGGCCCGGCUGUGGCACAGCGCAGCUCCUACUCAGAGCCCCGGCCAAGAGUUGUGGCUGCUGUUUUUCUACAAGCAGCCAUCACAACACUAAAUUUUACACUGAUCCAGUAGAAGCAGUAAAAGAUAUACCCAAUGGGGCCACUCUCCUUGUUGGUGGUUUUGGGCUCUGUGGCAUUCCCGAGAACCUCAUAGGAGCACUGUUGAAGACUGGCGUAAAAGGCAUAACUGCUGUCAGUAACAAUGCAGGGGUAGACAACUUUGGACUUGGGCUCUUGCUUCAGUCCAAGCAGAUCAAACGCAUGGUAUCGUCCUAUGUUGGAGAGAAUGCAGAAUUUGAGCGGCAGUAUUUGUGUGGGGAGCUAGAAGUAGAGCUUACGCCACAGGGCACCCUUGCUGAGCGGAUUCGAGCAGGAGGAGCAGGCAUUCCAGCUUUUUUCACCAGCACGGGGUUUGGGACUUUAGUGCAAGAAGGAGGAGCGCCGAUCAAAUACAACAAAGAUGGCACUGUUGCCCUUGCCAGUGAACCAAGAGAGGUGAAAGAGUUUGAUGGCCGACACUAUAUUAUGGAAAAGUCAAUAACAGGAGAUUUUGCGCUAGUGAAAGCAUGGAAGUCUGAUCGCGCUGGAAAUAUUAUCUUCAGGAAAACAGCAAGAAAUUUUAACCAGCCCAUGUGUAAAGCGGCCAAAACAACUGUGGUGGAGGUAGAAGAAAUUGUUGAUGUAGGUUCAUUUGCUCCAGAAGAUAUUCAUGUCCCUAAGAUCUAUGUCCAUCGUCUCAUCAAAGGGGAAAAGUAUGAAAAAAGAAUUGAGCGAUUAACGCUCUGCAAACCUGAAGAUACCCAAGGCAAGCAGAAGAAAAGUGGGGAUAAUGUAAGAGAGAGGAUCAUCAGGCGAGCGGCUCUUGAAUUCGAGGAUGGCAUGUAUGCUAACCUGGGUAUUGGCAUUCCACUGCUUGCCAGCAACUUUAUUAGUCCAGACAUAACUGUUCAUCUACAGAGUGAAAAUGGAGUCCUUGGCUUGGGACCUUAUCCAUCUGAAAGUGAAGUUGACCCUGACCUCAUCAAUGCAGGCAAAGAGACAGUCACUGUGCUACCAGGGUCUUCCUACUUCUCUAGUGACGAAUCUUUUGCAAUGAUUCGAGGGGGACAUGUUAAUUUGACUAUGCUUGGAGCGAUGCAGGUGUCUAAAUAUGGUGAUCUAGCCAACUGGAUGAUUCCUGGUAAGAUGGUGAAAGGAAUGGGUGGCGCCAUGGACUUGGUGUCCAGCUCAAGAACUAAAGUGGUUGUCACUAUGGAGCACUCUGCAAAGGGCAAUGCCCACAAGAUUUUGGAAAAAUGCACUUUGCCAAUUACUGGGAAACAUUGUGUGAAUCGCAUCAUAACGGAAAAGGCUGUGUUUGAUGUUGAUAAGAAAAAGGGACUGACGUUGAUUGAAAUCUGGGAAGGACUGUCAGUGGAUGACAUCAAGAAAAGCACUGGUGCUGAGUUCACAGUUUCGCCAAACCUCACACCAAUGAAGCAGAUUUAGACCUGAGAAGUAAACUGGGAUUAACUUCCAUGCUUCCAGUGAAGGGGAAUCAAAUAUCUGUUUUGCAAUUAUGCAUUUUAAAGAGGUCUUUGUAAGUAGAUUCUUUGGUAGUUAGCAUUCAGGCUGACUAUGUAACUAGAACUAUGUAAAUGUUUGUUCACACAUAACAGUAAAGUUUCCAAAAAUAAAUCCUAUCUGGUACUUAGAUAUUUAUAAUAUCAUACUGCAGGUUUGACUGCUGAUAAACAAUGGCAAAAGACAAUAGCCUGGUUCCAAUGAUCAUACGUUGGUUUACUAAGCUGAGAUACACAUGAGCUUACGACUCCUUUAUUCCUUUCUUAGUUCAAGCCCCACAUAAUCCAGAAAGUCUCUAGUUUAACCAAAGUUUCCUUUUUGUGUGUGUGAGCAAGCAAGGAUAUUCAAACAACUUCAGAACACUGUUUAAGAUCCUGGCUAGUUCCAAAGCUGAUAACCAUAGUUUCCUGGUUUGGACAAAACAGAAGACUGGUUAACUAGAUGGUUCCUGCUUUGCUGCAGUGGAGGAAGGGAGGAGGAAAUGGGGCACACGUGCAGGCAAAAGGCUCAUGCAUACCUCUGCCUAAGUCGAUAUAUGAUCAAACGUGGCCAAUUUCUUGCAGAUAUGAUCAUAAUACUUUAACUUUGUAUGAAGGCAGAGGUCAUUUUCAUGCACAGACCAUGUUAAUGUGCAACUGCCUAUGUAGUAGGCUGCAACUGCGUGCACACACAAGGUACAGAACAACAUGUUGAUCUUCAAACAUGUAAAUAAUCACAAGUUUAGAUAUUCAGGAGUUGUAUUUCGAGACGUUCAAAAAGCUAAAAGGCUACUUAUAGGGCUGUUUAUAUUCUGUAAUCAAAAGUCAUCAUUUUGUUAAACCACCAUGUUUCUAGUUUUCAGGUGCAAAGAUAGGCUUGAAAGUCUGCUAAAAUCUCAGAAACCAAGGACAGAAUUUGCUUUUGAGAUUUUCAGCAGUAAAGGGAUGAGACUUCUGUGCUCUGCAUGAACUCCUUACCUUUCCUCAUGAGCGGCAUUGAGAGCACUUUUAUGUUGAAGUUGCAAGGUAGAAAUAAAAAAAAUGUCUAGCAGAAUACUUUUUGCAAAGAAAACAGCCAGAGAUUUGUUUAAUUGACAUGAAUUGUGCAGGCCACAGAAUUCAGCUGCUCUUUAUUCAAAAUUUGGGUUACCUUGGCAUGUGGUUUUGAUUAUUUAUGUUCUGAAUAUAGACAGCCCUAGAUUGCAUAGGAAACAUACGGUGAAUUGACUAUCUUUCGGUUAAUGGAAGUUCUGUUGAAAAGGAAGCUGCUGUCAUUCUCUUGUGGUUAAUUUUUUUUACUGACUUCUUAAUAAAUGCAUACAAAGUUGCAUAUCUACAGCUAAUGUCUGGAUUCUGCCUUUCCAUUUUAACAAUGAAUCAUUCGCACAAAUUUCUAAUGACAUUAGUGGGAGCAAGGUAGGGCCUUUUUACUGCAACCCCUGUGCCAUUUAUAUGUUGUAAGUAAUUAUGCCACCUGAAAUUGGACCUUUUCCUCUGUACUUUGAAACAGUAGCAGGUCAUAUUUCUCUCUUUUUUUUGCCCUGGGCAGUUCCAAAAGGCUGGACCUUUCCCCACCCUCUCCCACUCCAAAGAUGGUGGAAGUGUACAAACUGGGCUGUGAUUAUCUAUCUGACACUUGAUCAGUAAAGGUUAUUUUAAAAAAUACUAUUUGAGGAGAGGCAUAUAAAGCGAAUAUGGUAGAGGUUUCAACACGGGAGACUUCGUUUCAAAUCCCUAUUUAGCCAUUGAGCUCAUUGGGUGGUCUUGGGUGAGACAGUCUCAGCUUAUCCUACCUCAAGGAUUGUUGUGUGGCUAAGAUGCCAUUCCUGAGCAACUUAGAGGAAUGUUCAUAGGGUUCCAUGUGCUGGUGUUCAGCUCCAUCCCAGGAGACAUUGGUGGUGUCAUGCUGCAUGCAUGCAGGUGUCCUCAGAAAGUUCAGUCUCCACCCCUGACUUAUCUUGGCAAAACUUUGGCGGUGGUGGGGAACCACAAAGGAGCAGGGAUGGCAUCCUUUAUUGAUGAUCCCCUGCUUUUUCCUUCUAAGAGUACAGCCAUGGUGCUGUACUAACUCCGUAGUUCCCUGCAGAAGUUCAGACUUCCAUCCCUUAAUCCAUUCUGACCCUCCAUCUCUAAUCACCAUUACCAGACACCAUCAGCUCUUCCAGAAUUAACACUUCAGGGCUUUGCAACCCUACCGGAGUAUGGCUUCCAAUAUUGUUACUUUCCGAGCAAAUACCGAGCUACUGUUCUGUUCUUCAGGAGCCUUAAAACUAAGGGAGGAUAUUGAUCUUCUUUCACCGCUGAAUGACCCAAGAUCAUAUUGAUAUCUGCCCCUGCCCUGCCAUCGUUUCAUGUGACUAUGAACAGGGCAAACAAAUCCACUUGGCUUCUCGGUAGCUGAUACCCACUUUUUUUGGUGGUUAGAUGCAUGUCUGGCAUCCUCCCCCCCCCCCCAAAAAAGCACUGAAAUACACAAAUUUGGUAGUGAUCAUGACAAGCUUUGAAGGACUGGAGCUUAGUGGUAGAACACCUGCUUUGCAUUCACCCCCUGGCAUCUCCAGGUAGGACUGAGAAAGACUCCCUGUCUGAAACCUUGGUGAGUUUAAGUGCCAGUUUAGACAAUGCUGAGCUAAAUGGACUGUUAAGGCAGCUGCCUGAGUUUCUGUGAAAAACGAGAAGCGAGAAUUUUUUCAUUUCUCCUUCACGGCAGGGAUGCUGCUAAGUAUUUAAGGGAGGCAUAGGCCCAUGACACACAUUUGCAUAAAAUUUGAUUAUGCUAAAGUAUAGAUGCCUCUGCACAACUUAAGGUGACUGUGCCCUGUGCUUUGUAAUGUGCCCAGCCACAUGUAAUCGAAGGGGUGUGUGUGGUGUGUGUGAAAUUAAGUGUAGGAACAUAGAAAGCUGCCGCACGAGUCAGACUAUUGAUCCAUCUAACUCAGUAUUGUCUACACUGACCGGCAGUGGCUCUUCAGGGUUUGAGGCAACGAAUCUUCCCCAGGCCUAUCUGAAGAUGCUGAGGAUUGAACAUGGGGCCUUCUGUGUGCAAAGCAGACGCUGUACCACUGAGCUAUGGUCCUUAUAGUAGGGAAAUAGGGAGGAGAUCUGUGGCUCAGUGCAAAAAAAGGGGGGGUUGGUUCUCAUAGGGCAGCCCCAACAACAAACCUGCUUCAUGGUAUAUGAAUUCUGGUUGCAUGUAAGAGGGCUAGUACAGUAUUGAUGGUAGCAUUCUUUUGGGUUGUUAAGCAUUUACAGCAUGAGGAGCAUGGCAUUGAGGGGAAAAGAUGCCUACAGUUAGUGAAUGCAUGAUAGAUGUGUACGACACCAUGCUUGAUGAGCCAAAAAUAGAUGCAUCAUCUCCCGUUGUAUCAGAACUUUGCGGUCACCCAAUGAAAUUGAUGAAUGAUAUUCUGAACAGAUUUUUAGAAAGUACCUCUUCACACAAGAUAAUAUAAUACGGUAAUGUUAUUAAUGCCCUAGAGGAUUAGACAAAUUACCUGGAGAAGUUAAUUGAUGGCUAUUAGUCAUGAUAGCUGUAUGGAACCUCCAGCUUCAGAGAUAGUAUACCUUUCUCCCUUCCCCCCCCCAAAACAAAUCCUGGUAUUUAGCAGGAAAGAGCUUUCCCCCCCCUCCAGCUCUGGUUGUGGGCUUCUCAGAGGCAUGUAGCUGACCAAUGUGAGAAAUUAGAUAUUCUUUUGACAAACAGCACUUACUGUCCAAAUUUCAGGUGGUGCAAAUGUACCUAACAACAGAACUGAUGCUCUUGGAUGUAAAAUAUGUGCCCCUUCACUUGGCUAGAUUUUCUUUUCUUUCAUGUUUUGUAUGUCUUCAUACUCUUGGUUCUGUCCAUUGACAUGGAAAAAAGUGAAGAGCUGACCUACCUUAAUGAAUGGACUGUAAACGGUGCCUGGACCUUCUGUAUGUAUUUGCAAACAGUCAAUAAAACAAAACUCACAAAGA